AUGUUGGGAAACCAGGGCGCUCUCGGUGCUACACUCGUGCUCUCUCGAUAUGCUCAGGCGGCGUCGAUGAUUGCGGUCAUUGGAAUGGCUUCCAACUUCAUCGCUGAGAUGAUUUCAGCAAAUAUCAAUCCACCUGAGGUAUUGCUUGGUACUCUCAGCAUUGUCUGCAUUGCCGUACUUUACUGCGCCAUCACAGUCAUUCUUUUCCUCGACAACCUGCUUCCUUACCUCAUCAACGCAAUUAUCGACGCACUCUUUCUCAUCGCGCUUAUCGUGGUUGCUGCUGUGGUCGGCAAGCCACUUUCAUUUCUCAAUUGCAAUGUCAUUGGCGACCUCAACAGCAGCGCCUCAAGUGCUUACUCAUUCGCUUCCGCUCUCAGCAACAGCUUAGUUAACGAGGGUGGAAAGAUCAACUAUUCAAAUUGGAUUGGAACGAGUAAAUCGACUUGCUUGCAGAUGAAGAGUAUUUGGGGGAUGAGCAUUGCUCUCUGCGUUAGUAGCGUGUGCUUGUGGAAACGAGCCAAGUCUGGAGCGGCGCCUGCCAAAGGCGAGGCUUAA